AUGGGAAAUAAUGAUUUUAAUGAUGAAGAGAAACCUUUUAUUGAUAAAGAAACACAUGAUGAAAUUGUACCAAAAAAAAUUCCAUUAUCACAACAUAAACAUUUAAAACAAAUUUUUUUAAUGUUUUUAAUUUAUUCAUUGAUGGUAAUGAGCUCAUUUUUAUAUGGUUUAUAUAUUCCAGUUGUUUUUACAAAUUAUGUUAAAAUUAAAUAUCCAUCACUUAGUGCUGAUGAAAUUUCAUCAAAAGCAUCAUAUUAUAAAUCUUUUUCUGAUGGUUUGCCAUAUCUUUCAAUGUUUUUACUCGGUCCAUUAUUUGGUGUUUUAUCAGAUAGAUUUGGUAGAAAACCAAUUUUAUUUGGUAGUGUUGCAUUACUUAUAAUUGAUAUGAUAUCAUGUUAUAUUACAGUUAGAACAAAUAAUUUAUAUUAUUUUUAUUUUUUUCAUUCAAUUGCUGGAGUUUGUAAUUCAGUAGCUGGAGCUGCCCAUUCAUUUAUUUCAGAUUUAUCAGAUGAAUCACAUAUUCCAAUAUUAUAUUCAUUAUUGGGAGCAUCAUUAGGAUGUGGAAUAUUAUUUGGACCAAGUACAUAUGUAUUUACAUCAAAAUCAAGUAUACCAUAUUUAACAUUAUAUAUUUCAAUUGCUAUUGUUGCAAGUACUUUAAUAUUAAUUCCAUUUCUUAAAGAAAGUUUAGAAACUGCUAAACAAGAAAAUAAAAUUACAGUUGAUAUUAAAAAUACUUCAAAUCCAUUUAAAUUAAUUAAAAACCUGUUCACUAAAUCUGGUACAUAUUUAAGUUUGGUACUUUUAUUAUAUAUUUCAAUCUCUUAUACAAGCCAAGACCUUUUAUCAACUUAUUUCUAUUAUUUAGAAUUAGUAUAUGGUUGGAAUGCAAGUGAUUGUGGUUUAUUUUUUGGGGCCUUAGGUGGCAUUAUAAUGAUUUGGGGUGUUUUUUUAAUUCCAUUUUUAUUAAAAUUUUAUUCUGAAAGAAAAAUUAUAUCAUUAGGAUUUUCAAUUAGCAUUGUGGCACAUACAUUUUUUGUACUUUCAGGAAAGAGUCAAUAUAUAUAUAUUGUUGGUGGUGUAUUUGUAGCAUUUGUACCAAAUAACAUAUCAUUACUUCAAGCUGUAAUUUCAAGAUCUACUUCAAGUGAACUUCAAGGAACAGUUUUAACAGGAGUUGUCGCAAUUGGUUCAAUUGCAUCAUUUGUUGGAGCAAUUGUAUCGAAUGACAUUUUUAUGUAUGCAACAUCUGGUAAAGCUAAAGUUUAUUUUCCACAAGCUCCAUAUCUAAUAAAUGGUUUAAUAGUUGUUAUUACUUUUAUUGGUUCAUUACUUAUUUGGAAAUAUCAUAAAAACCCAAACCCACUAAGAAAAACUAAAACUAUUAAUUAA